GUUUAAACUAACGUUACACUCCUCCGGGGGGGCUCUCAGUGACAGCCAGCAAGAGACACCCUACCAAUGCAGAUUAACUGUUUCCUGUGGCAGUGAGGAGAAGCAUGGUUUGGUGAAGCACCGGCAGCCUCCACACACUGACAGAAAGAAGCAAGACGGCGACUGAGAGUGAGUUGGGGAAGAAAGAGAGUGUGGGAGGGUGGGAGUGAGCCCUCCCCCCAGCCAAAUAUCUCGAUGGAUCCACUCCUUCAUAACCCCACUCUUCUCCAGCCUUGUGCAGAUGGCCAAAGUGACCAAACCGGACUGUGAAUCUGCUCAAACAGCCACAGGAUGAGAGAAUAUUAGAUUUCUAACUCUUCACCCACUGCUUUAUUUUAUUUAGUGUAUAUUGAAAGUCAAAGUAGCCAAACACCCUCUGGCGUCAGAGCAUUUGGCUACAUAUGAAUCUCUGUCCAGUCUUCCAGCGCGCUGCGCUGGUGAUGCCAUGCCCCGAAGUCACACCGGCGACGAGAGCAGCGGCACUGGGCUCUGGCUGAAGACCUCAACUGGACACCGGGCGCAGGAUAACUCACUGAAAGAUGUGGAGUCUGGACGCAGGACGAUGAAUAACGCGGUGCGAGUCGGUGACGGUCUCCUGUCUCCCUCCACGGCAGGUGCGGUGGGAUCGGAGAGGAAGCAGGGUGCCCGGCUCAGCCUGCUGGGGAAGCCGCUGACAUACAGCGCGCAGAGCGGCCGCAGGAACGCGCGGUACCGGCGGCUCCAGAAUUACCUCUACAACGUGUUGGAGAGACCCAGGGAAUGGGCUUUCGUCUACCACGCUUUUGUGUUCAUCCUGGUGUUUGGAUGUCUGGUUCUCUCUGUAUUUUCCACCAUCCCUGCUCACCAAGAAUUCUCCGCACACUGCCUGCUCAUCCUGGAGUUUGUGAUGAUAGUAGUGUUUGGUCUGGAGUACAUCAUCAGAAUAUGGAGUUCUGGCUGCUGCUGCCGCUACCGAGGCUGGCAGGGACGCCUCCGCUUCGCCAGGAAACCGUUCUGUGUCAUAGACAUCAUCGUGCUCAUCGCCUCGGUUGCUGUGGUUUCAGCCGGUAGCCAGGAUAACAUCUUCGCCACCUCUGUGCUGCGUAGCCUGCGUUUCCUGCAGAUCCUGCGCAUGGUGCGCAUGGACCGCAGGGGAGGGACCUGGAAGCUGCUGGGGUCUGUAGUUUAUGCACAUAGUAAGGAGCUGGUGACUGCCUGGUACAUCGGGUUCCUGGUGUUGAUCUUCUCCUCGUUCUUGGUUUAUUUGGUGGAGAAAGAAUUCAACAAGGAGUUUGCCACCUAUGCGGACGCUCUGUGGUGGGGCACGAUCACCCUUACAACCAUCGGCUACGGUGACAAGACCCCGCAGACGUGGACGGGACGGUUACUAUCAGCCGGUUUUGCUCUGCUGGGGAUCUCCUUCUUCGCUCUGCCAGCUGGCAUCCUCGGGUCAGGUUUUGCCCUGAAGGUGCAGGAGCAGCAUCGCCAGAAGCACUUUGAAAAGAGAAGGAACCCAGCUGCCAGCCUCAUCCAGUGUGUCUGGCGUAGUUAUGCUGCUGAUGAGAACUCCGUUUCCAUUGCUACCUGGAAGCCUCAUUUGAAGGCGUUGCAUACCUGCAGCCCCGCCAAAAAAGAGCAGGGCGAGACUACGUACAGUCAGAAGUUGAGUUUUAAGGAGCGGGUCCGGAUGGCGAGUCCCCGCGGUCAGAGCAUGAAGAGCAGGCAGACGUCCGUUAACGACCGCCAACGCUCUUCCCCCGGCAACGAGGUGGUGGGCGGGGCCGAGCUGAUGGGUGGAAGCCCUGCCAAGGUGCAGAAGAGCUGGAGCUUUAACGAUCGGACCCGCUUUAGACCUUCGCUGAGACUGAAGAGCCAAACUCGCACUGCUGUCCCAGAUGCGGACACAGGAAUGACCACAGAGGAUUCCUUUGAUGAGAGAGGCUGCCAUUGCGAUGUCACAGUGGAGGAUCUAUCAGCUCCACUCAAGGCUGUCAUCAGAGCUGUCAGGAUCAUGAAGUUCCACGUGGCCAAAAAGAAGUUCAAGGAGACAUUGCGUCCCUACGAUGUGAAGGAUGUCAUAGAGCAGUACUCUGCAGGACACCUGGACAUGCUCUGUCGCAUCAAGAGCCUUCAGACUAGGCUAGACACUGUAGUGGGUCCCCCUCCAAGGCCUUUCAGCAGCCGGGUCAAGACCUUUUCCUCUCCCUCCCUGCAUUUAUAUUACAGCCAGAGCCGGAGGAAACAGUCUGCACCGGGACUGGCCAGUGCAGCGGGCUCUGGUCCCAGCCUGAGUAGCCGACCCAGGCACAUGUCCUCUCCUGCCCUGCACUAUUAUUACAGCAACCACAGGAAGAAGCUCUCUGGCUCAGGGGUGGAUCAGAUUCUGGGGAAAGGCCAGAUUCCUGUGGAUAAGAAGAUGAGGGACAAACUGCACCCAGAUGGAGACUCGCUGGAGGGCAUGAGCAUGCUGGGACGUGUGUGUAAGGUGGAGAGACAGGUAACUUCCAUUGAAUCAAAGUUGGACUCUUUGCUGGACGUUUACCGCCAAGUCCUACAGAAAGGCCCCACAUCACUCACCCUCUCCUCCCUGCCACUGUUCGAGCUGGACAACCACCAGCACCACAACUCAGAGUACCAGACCUCCAUCAUCGGCAGGGAUCUCCCUUCUCCCCAGGGAGGUGAUCCGGUUGGAGUCGAUAACAAUGGGGGAAUACGCAGUUCUCUUAGCACCAACCCUAGAGGCCUGCGGCUCAUCCUGGCACCUGCCGAUGACGAUGGUCCCCCAGAUUCAGCACCUCCAUCCUACCCCCCGUCCACAGCCUCACUCUCCCCAUCACCCGUCCUGCCUCCCGAUAGCCCCUACCCAACCUUGGUCACCCCCAAUGGUACCUCCAAAAGAGCACACUUCCCUGACCUGCCACCUCCACCUCCCUCAACAGGAGGCUUCACCCUCCGUCUGCCCCCCAUGGUGCAUCCCUCCCACCUCCGAUGCUCCACUGAACCCGUCCCGGAUGAAAUGAUGGAUGGACUGCCGGUGGAUGAGGGGAGCCUGGGCCCCUCUGUUGUUGUGGGAUCCAGUGUGGAUGCUGACCAAGAAGGGGACAGUGAUGCAGGCCCUUCCCAGGGAAGGGUGCAGCUGCGGGAGAAGACUGGCUUGAAAUCUGACGGGGUCUGGAGGAGGCAACUGAGCCUGGAGGUUAACCCUCUGCUGCUGUUCUCGGCCAGCCCAGAUGAGAGGCCUUCAGUUUGGGGAGGCAGUCUGGGGAAAUCCCUCUCUGUGCACAAUCUCAGCCAGCCUUUGACCAACCACGCCCCUGGUCUCUCCUCCGCACUCAGCAACAGCAGCAGCACCAAUGGUAGCAAAAGUGGCAACGCCCAUGUUGACCUAAGCAGCUGGGAUGGAACAGAACUCUUCAUUAGUGAGUGCAAGCUAGAGCCAGCAGAAGAACAUUUCAACUUCCUGACCCAGGGACCCGGCAGCAGCUCCUCAGACCUCUUACAGACUGUGGAGGAGGCUGCACCUCACCCAGAGUUUCUCAGUCAGUCCCCACACAUACAGCUGACAUAACCACACACACACAUUGACACACACACACACACACCACACACUUGCAUACUGUAUGUACACACCAUUUUUGGGGAAGCCACUUUUGAAGUAUUUUUUACAGGACACUGUAAAAUGCCUUGUUUAAGGACAUUUUGAUUAUGUCCACUUUCAUAAAGAUUUUAUUAUGCUAUAUACUUUUUACGGGAUACUAAGAUUACCAAAAAGAAAUCACAAGUAUAAUGAUGUUUAAAAUGUGUAUGAAAGUGGGCAUAUUCACGUAAAACAAAAUACACAAAUUAUACACAAAUACAAAUAACCUUCCUGGAAGAUAAAUUGCUUUGGUCUUUAUCGAAAGAUCAUUAGAGAGGGUAAUUGAAUUCAUAUACAAGAUCAUAUAUUAAUAAAAGGUUUAGAAUAAAGAACUGUGAUCUGAGCCUGCAGUCUGACACCUGACUAAACAUCAGAGUAGAAGCAAAUCAAAUCAUUUGUGAGUAAUGUUACAUUUAUUUUCAAAGUAAUUUCCAGCAGUCCUACAUUUUACUUCAGUCUGAACCGAAACCAAAUAACCUCGUUUGGUUCUCAUCACUGAAACAAGGAAUGUUUGUUGUAGAAAUGAAAGGACGUCUUGUCAAUGAAAUGAGUGAAUACAAUCAGAAGAAACAUACUACACGGUUGUCUCAUAGCCAAAAAAGGUCAAGAGCGCAGUUGAACCUCAAACAAGCCACUGGAAACUUUAGAUCAAUCUCUUCUUUCUUAACACACAGGUGCAUGUACACACAUACAAACACACUGACACACACAACCAUCAACCACUGAGUACUCCAGCCAACUUGACAGAGCUGUGACUUAUUGUUUUGUUUUGUGCUUGUAUUCAGAGACGUUCUUGUUAGAGGAGGAGAGCCACUCACUCUCCUUAUUCAAUGUCUGUCUUUGGCAAUGUAAAAAUGUCCUCUUUUACUUGUGCUUUCAUACAUAUCACUGCAUGGACUGUUUCCAAAAACAAAUGAGUGAAGCUGGGAAUAGAGUUAAAGGUCAAACCCACAACAGACCGCACGCUCCACAUUCUGUUCCUUUUCUACAACCACAGAAAUGUUACUUAAUGUUUAAAUGGUUGAUUGGUUUCAUCUAUCAGCAAUCAUAUUGUGGGGGAAAUGGCCCAUCAGCAAGUGCUGAACUGUGUCUCACCUGGUUUAGACAGGAGCUGGUGAGUUAGACGGGAGAGUUCUGCAUGCUGACAUGCAGUAGGCUUAUAAAGCAUGAGCUGCUGCAUGUCUGAGCUGCUUGCAGUCAGACACUCGCUGAUGGCCUGGAUGUCCUUCUGCAUGUUAAAGCAACAUUAUGUAUUUUUAGCUCCCCUAGAGUUUCAGAAUUUCAUUACCUAGAAAUUAUCAAAAACUAGCUAGUCCACAACUUUGCUAACACAGCCAAACAUUAAGCAAGUACAACAACACAAGACUUAGCAAGCCAGCCACUAUUACCAAUAUGUUGCCCACUCGCCCGGCUCCUUUCCUGGCAGGACACCAGCGGCCCUCCCUGCCAGUACUGCCCCCACGCCUCCUGCCAGCGGUGCAUAGCUCCUGUGCCAGUGGUGUAAACACCAACACUCCUGUGACACAAACAUGUGUUCCAUAAAAUAUGAUCCAGUUACACCAAAAUAGGUGCCGUAAAGCUUUACGCACUCUUCCCGGGAGAUUGUACGACCCGCUCACCAGUUACAUCGUGCAGGAACAGACGGUGAGACUGACAGGCGCCAUUCCCACUAUUACAAGUCAGUGUCGCAUCAAAAUGAUUUUGAAGCUUUUAUUUUAUGGUAAAAUAGUUACUCAACUAUUUAAAAUGAAUGUUUCAUCCAAAUCUUAAACAAAAUAGUAUGACCAAAGUCCUAUUUGAACGUUAUUGUAUUCUAAAUUGAACUAAAAAGUAGUUAUAUGAAUAACCCACUUACGAUUACAUUUUAGAACAAACAUUCAACCUUUUAAGGUCUUUUAAUGUUUUUGUUUGACAAACCCUGUCUUUUUACUGGGUGCUGGCUGCACCUUGUGCAUCAAUCAUGAUUAAAGGCUGCUGGACUGAUCGUAUUCUCUCCUCCCAGUCCAGAGCAACACUAGGUGUAGUGUGUUGUUACAGGCAACAUGUGCAAUGCACAGACUCCAUUUAUAACAUAUCAGGUUAGUUUGGAUUCACCUGAAGAACCCAUGAUAACAAUGUACUGUACAUGCACUGUUGGUGAUCCAGUUUGCAUGGUGUUACUUGAUCCAUGUGUCCAUUCUGCUGCUGAAGAUGUCAAAAAUGUGAUAUAUUCAAAUUAUAAAAUAGGAGAAAGGGGGAGUGAGAAGAGAGAAAUGUAAUCUCAAUAAAAAGAAUAGAUAUUUUCUGUGACUUUGGCCUUUUCAGCACUCAGCUGGUGCUCCUAUCCAGAGCAUUGUUUUUAAAGGAGACGAGCCAGAAAAGAUUAACAUGUGGAUUAUGUACAUUGCCGCUUUAAUGUUUUCUGCUGCUCCCCUAAAUAUCAUGUAUAAUUCACCAGGAUUUUCAAUGUUGAUUUUCCUCCUCACCACAUCAAUCAUAAUCACAAUGCUUAACUAUUUAGGGUUAUUGUAAUGAUCUUAAAAAUUACUCAAGUGCACACGUUUAUAUUUUUGGUGCAUUUAGUCCAUAUUUAGAUUGAGAAUUUCUCACUGGCAGGUUUAUGGAAAAAGGUGUGUUGCAAGUUCCUGAAAUGACACUGUCCUAACACUACACUUGUUUUCAAUGCCAUCCUGCUUGUUGACUGCUCUCGAGUCAGAAUUAUGCACAAAACUAUGUCAGCCAUCUUUUUGUUAGCCAUUUUGAUUUGUUUUUGCAUGUUUACGUCUUAGGGGUAUGCCGUCACAGCAGUCUUAAAAAUGUAUUUUAAUGUGAUUAAUGACAACCUUGAUUCAUCAUUGCUUUUUCAGUUAUAUUCCCCUUUGUUUUGAAUGGUGAGUAAGUGCAUUGUUUAGCAAAUUAACAUGCUGUAGUAGAAUAUAACAAGUAUUAUCUCCUAACAAAUGAAAAUUGUAAACACAUGUAGAUUGAUUUUUAAAUAUUCUACAGCCCAUGCAGAAGUUUUUCUGGUAUGAUGAAAUAUAUAAUGAACGUGAAAGCACAGUUGUUUUUGGUGAGUUUGAGGAGCCUGAAAAUGUGACAUGGUACUUUAACGCUUAAUAUUGGAAUUGAUUUUUUGUAGUUAUUGAUUGAGUUUUGCUACAUAUGAAAAUAGGCCAACAAAAAACUGUCCGUUACUUUGGCGCAAGAUAUCGAACACAAGGAAAGCCCAUGGAUUAUUCCCCUCAUAAAUCAUGCUAAUUUUUGCAAUCUGUAAAUUGCUUAAGGGUGCCUUUCUUGCAUAUGAAAAGUCUUCAUUUUUUUCUUCACAAGGCUAUAAAGGUUAUGUUUGCCUAUAGCUAUGGCAUACUCUGUAGUUGAAGUCAAAGUGCUCAUUUUGGGUUGGGUAUCCAGUUAACUUAAGUCAUGUAGCUUCAUCCACAGAUUUAAAAUGGCUUUGAUGGCUAAUAAUACCAUUUCUCUACUGCUUGAACAGUAAUUUAUUACACAACUGGGCCUUAAAGCUUGAUAAUGUUAACAUUAUUAUUUCUUUGAAAUUAAUUUAUUAAAGUGCACAUUAUGUUCUCUCUUGGAGAGAAAUGCAAAAAUAAUUUUAUUAUUCAUUAAUAAAGUCAACAAAUCAAUUAAA